AUGACCUCACACUCACUACCUCACCUCACACUCACUACCACACCUCACACUCGCUACCACAUCUCACACUCGCUACCACAUCUCACACUCGCUACCACACCUCACACUCACUCCAACACCUCACACUCGCUACCUCAUAUCACACUCGCUACCACACCUCACACUCGCUACCACACCUCACACUCACUACUACACCUCACACUCGCUACCACACCUCACACUCACUCCCACACCUCAAACUCACUACCACACCUCACACUCGCUACCACACCUCACACUCACUACCACACCUCACACUCACUACCACACCUCACUCUCACUACCACACCUCACACUUACUACCACACCUCACACUCGCUACCACACCUCACACUCACUACUACACCUCACACUCGCUACCACACCUCACACUCGCUACCACACCUCACACUCACUAUCGCACCUCACACUCGCUACCACACCUCACACUCACUACUACACCUCACACUCGCUACCACACCUCACAAUCACUACCACACCUCACACUCACUACCACACCUCACACUCGCAACCACACCUCACACUCACUACCAGACCUCACACUCACUCCCACACCUCACACUCGCUACCACACCUCACACUCACUCCCACACCUCAAACUCACUACCACACCUCACACUCGCUACCACACCUCACACUCACUACCACACCUCACACUCACUACCACACCUCACUCUCACUACCACACCUCACACUUACUACCACACCUCACACUCGCUACCACACCUCACACUCACUACUACACCUCACACUCGCUACCACACCUCACACUCGCUACCACACCUCACACUCACUAUCGCACCUCACACUCACUCCCACACCUCACACUCACUACCACACCUCACACUCGCUACCACACCUCACACUCACUACCACACCUCACACUCACUACCACACCUCACACUUACUACUACACCUCACACUCGCUACCACACCUCACACUCACUACUACACCUCACACUCGCUACCACACCUCACACUCGCUACCACACCUCACACUCACUAUCGCACCUCACACUCGCUACCACACCUCACACUCACUACUACACCUCACACUCGCUACCACACCUCGCAAUCACUACCACACCUCACACUCACUACCACACCUCACACUCGCAACCACACCUCACACUCACUACCAGACCUCACACUCACUCCCACACCUCACACACGCUACCACACCUCACACUCACUACUACACCUCACACUCACUACCACACUCACACUCGCUACCACACCUCACACUCACUCCCACACCUCACACUCACUACCACACCUCACACUCACUAA